AUAAAAUACUUACAUGUCCGGCCAGCACACAGUAACUCUGAUCCUAAAAGAGAGCGAAACAAGGGCAGCCGCAGCCGGAAAGCGAACGCGAUUGGGGAAGAAGAAGAGAAGAAUCGAGAGAAGUGGUCGCCGGCCAUGCCUACCGGCUUUGUGUUCUACACCGGAUCGGGAUCCAUUACGUUUGAUUCUGAGUACGGAUUGUCCUGGAACCCCAGCCCUCCUAAACCAGCAAGGCGUUGCGGUCUCGUAGCUUCUGAAGAAAAUGUCAUGAAUUAUCUUACUGAAUAUGGAGUUGAUAACAUCAAAAGUGUUAAGCUGGUCGAGCCUAAAUUCCCCAAGAACUCUGCUGCAACGAGAUGCAAUAAUUUGCUAAGGAAAUUUGCAGAGCGUAUGUCUGAGUCUGAAAAUGCUGAAUACUACCGCAAGGCUCUGCUCAAGUAUUGUGGAGUUGAUAUUGACUACUAGUUGGUUUAUAAUUAGGAUUCAGAAUGAUGUAUUUAUGUAUGGUUGUGUCCCUGUUGCUACUAUUUGGCUUGUGAAUGAGUUUGGUGCAAUAUUAUCAUCCACUACCUACCUACCUCUGCCUAUGUUAAUGAUGAUGGUAAGUAUGUUCUACACCAAUCGAAAUCUCUCCCCUGUUUUUCACCUUCAUGUUCUUGCUCCUUCUGAAUUGAAGGAGUUCUGUUGGCUCC